AUGUCUCGCAUGUGGGAGGUCGACCCGGAGACCAGGACAAAGCUCCUACAAAUCUCCAAGACGAACGGAAAUGACAGAUGCUGUGAUUGCGGUGCGCCAUCGCCUCAAUGGGCUUCCCCCAAGUUCGGUACCUUCGUCUGUCUCAACUGCGCGGGCACACACCGAGGUCUAGGGGUGCACAUCUCCUUCAUUCGCUCGAUUACAAUGGACGCCUUCAAACACGCUGAAAUCCAACGCAUGGAGCUGGGAGGAAAUGAGCCAUGGAAGACCUUCUACAACGAACACCCCGUCACCGUCUCGGAAGGCCGUACCUUCGAAGACUCCACGAUUAAAGAACGAUACGAAAGCGACUCCGGGGAGGAAUGGAAGGAGCGCCUGGCGUGCAAGGUGGAAGGCCGCGAGUACGUCCAGGGCCAAGAGAAGAAGAACAACCCCUCACGGUCAAGCACGCCCUUAAGUGUAGGCGGUGCUAAGGCCGGUGCGCGCGCUGGAUCACCAGCUGCGUCCUCUAUCCGCUCAGGCGAUAGCCAGCGCGGUCCUACAAGCAAGAAGGAACAGAAUGAGGCUUAUUUCUCAAAGCUGGGGAAUGAAAAUGCUACGCGCACUGAUGCCCUCCCUCCUUCGCAGGGUGGUAAGUUCACCGGCUUCGGGGGCGGUAUGCCUGCGCCAUCUGCGGAUGAUAAACGUUCUUCUACCUUUGGAGGAUUUGGAGGGUUCGGAGGUUGGGGUGGAGGUGGAGGCGGCGGCGGUGGUCAGCCAUUCGAUGACCUCCAGAAAGAUCCUAUGGGAACCAUUACCAAGGGACUUGGAUGGUUUGCAUCGACGGUUGGCAAAAGCGCUAAGCAAGUCAAUGACUCUUACCUCCAACCAACAGCCAAACAGCUAUCCGAAUCCGACUUUGCGGCCCAAGCGCGUGUCCACGCUGCAUCUCUCGGUCAAAACGUGCAGACAGGAGUUCGCGGCGCUGCAGACCAUUUCAACCGAUUUGUCGAAGGUGAGGAUGGGCGCGUAAAUGGGCAACGCACUCGCGUAGAGCCUGAGCGCCGGGACUUCUGGGAUGAUUUCUCGUCUUUGGGUGAUCAAGAGCAAUCAAGCCACCGCCGGAGUGGAUCUCAACGAUCUCAGCGGUCUGAUGUCGUUGGUACGGCUGCUAUGCGGAAGGGUCCUACGGCCUCUUCGCUGGCUAACUCUAAACCCGCUGGUUCUGGCGCGGAUGCAGACAAGAACACUACAUCUGCUACGGGGAAGGGCAAAGAUGAAUGGGAUGAUAACUGGUAG